AUGGGUCAAGAUUCAUAUAUUUGCGGACUUGACCCUUCUGGAGAAAUGAAUUCAAUACUAAGAAACGAUAAAUAUUGUACGAUUCUUGAAGAGGAGGAGGAUAUGUUCUCUGAUGUUUGUACUAAUGACGGGAAAAAACUUUGGGAAUACGGAAUCGUUCCAUAUGUUUUCAACGAUAAUGUUAGUGACGAACUUAAAAAACUUGUGAUGGAAGCAAUGAAAAGGAUUACCAGGGUAUCUGUCAUAAAAUUCGUAAAGAGAAUGAACCAAAGAGAUUACAUCAAAAUUAGUGAUAAAGGGAAAUUUUCUUCUUACGUGGGUAGAAUAGGAGGCAAACAGAAUUUGCAUGUUACUAAGGAUGAAAUAAGGUGGCCAAAUACUGUGGGCAGUGUUAUGCAUGAACUGAUGCAUGCGCUCGGUUUUUACCAUGAACAUUGUCGCCCAGACCGUAAUGAAUAUGUGCACGUUGGAAGAACUAGUCGCAAUUAUGAGAGAUUUAAAGAAUCAGAUGUGUUGUGUUAUGGACCAUAUGAUUUUGAAUCUAUAAUGCAUUACUCUGAAAAACAAGGAGUAAUGUUAAUACCAGGAGUAAAUGCUAGAAUAGGUCAACGUGAAAGGUUAAGUGAUGGUGAUAUAAACGCGCUCAAUAAUAUUUAUCCGGCUAAAUACUAUUGCUAUAUUAAUACGUCUGGUUACCCUAAUUCAUAUAUGUUGAACUAUGUUGGACGAUUACGAAAACGACGAUCAAUACAACGAUUAAUACGACGAUCACAAACACAAAACUUAUAUUAUAGGCUGAAAUUACCAAGACAAGAAACAAACCCUCUAUUCUUAUCUCAAUUGUUUAAUGGAUGUUCUUUCCCCUAA